CCACACGAUCCGUAACAGCAAGAGAGAAGAGGAAGACAUCAGCUGAGAGAGAGAGGUUUAGGUUAAGAUUAGGCCUAAUCCUAACUCGGAUUCGUUUUGAUCUUGUCUCUCUGGACAUGGCCUCGGUCUGCGUUAACGAUGCUUUAACCGACGACGAGCUGAGGUGGAUACUGUCGAGGCUAGACACGGAAAAGGACAAGGAAGUGUUCGGUCUCGUCUGCAAGCGGUGGCUGUAUCUGCAGAGCACCGACCGGAAGAAGCUGGCGGCGCGUGCUGGUCCGCACAUGCUCGGGCGCCUCGCAUCCAGGUUCACUCGGAUCGUGGAGCUGGACUUGUCUCAGUCAGUCUCGAGGUCGUUUUAUCCAGGCGUCACUGACUCUGAUCUCGCUGUCAUCGCCGAGGGAUUCAAGUGCCUCAGAGUCUUGAAUCUGCAUACCUGUAAAGGUAUUACAGAUACUGGUUUAGCCUCAAUUGGUCGGUGUCUCUCUCUCCUGCAGUUUCUUGAUGUAUCAUACUGCAGAAAGCUCUCAGACAAAGGACUCUCAGCCGUUGCAGAAGGCUGCCAUGAUCUGAGAGCAUUGCAUCUAGCUGGAUGUCGCUUCAUCACUGACGAAACACUAAAAUCACUCUCCGAGAGAUGCCGUGACCUGGAAGCUCUCGGGCUCCAAGGCUGCACCAACAUAACCGAUUCAGGCCUUGCUGAUCUUGUGAAGGGAUGCAGAAAGAUUAAAGCUUUGGAUAUCAACAAAUGCAGCAACGUGGGAGACGCUGGAGUUUCCUCUGUGGCCAAAGCUUGUGGGUCUUCGCUCAAGACGCUCAAGUUGCUGGACUGUUACAAAGUUGGGGACGAGUCUGUAUCCUCCCUGGCUCAGUUCUGCAAGAAUCUGGAGACUCUGAUCAUCGGUGGAUGCAGAGACAUCUCUGAUGAGUCGAUCGUAUUGCUGGCGGAUUCUUGCAGAGACAGGCUCAAGAACCUAAGGAUGGACUGGUGCUUGAAUGUAACCGACUCUUCGCUUACCUGCGUCCUGAAGCAGUGCAAGAGCUUGGAGGCUCUUGAUAUCGGUUGCUGCGAAGAGGUGACUGACAAUGCUUUCCAGGGUUUGGGGAGCGAAGAUGUUUUGGGGUUGAAGGUUUUGAAGGUGAGCAACUGUCCGAAGAUCACAGUUGCGGGGAUAGGCAAGCUUUUGGAGAAAUGCAGCUCUCUGGAGUAUUUGGAUGUGAGGUCUCUUCCGCAUGUGACGGAAGUGAGAUGCAGUGAAGCUGGUCUCGAGUUCCCUGCGUGUUGUAAAGUUAACUUUUCGGGAAGUUUAACCGAGCCAGAUGUUCUGCUUUGAUGAUUGUUGCUGUUGGGAAGAUUGUCUGUGGUGUGCCCUAAACCCUCUGUGAUCUCACUCUUUUCUCUCUCUCUCUCUCUCUGUCACGUGUAUGAGUGGACUCAUGGCUUAUGGUUCAUCAGUGAGUCCUUCUCUGAAGCUUUUGUACAUUAUUGUGCAUUGUAUAAUUGGUUGUGACGGCUCCUUUGAUUAUUAUUCAGUAAGUGUGUGUGUAUUUUUCGUUGGAUCUGAUAUUUGAAGAAUCUGAUUCUCUAAUGUAAUACAAUGGAGCAAAGUGUGUUUGUUUGUCCUAAAGCUUUUGUUGUGAUCAAUGAAGCUUUUUUGAUUUGGAUCA